AUGGUUAACGUUCCGGAUGGCGACAGUGGUGCCCUCGGCGUCUUCGAUUACGCUCACCUGCGCGCCCCCCUUCCCAAGGGUAUCGUCUCUGGUAUCUUCAAGUCGAGCCCUAACAGCUACUUCCUUAUGCGGAGAAGUCAUGACGGCUUCGUAUCUGCUACCGGCAUGUUCAAGGCCACCUUCCCUUACGCCGAGGCUUCCGAGGAGGAGGCUGAACGAAAGUACAUCAAGUCCCUCGCGACUACGAGCCCCGAGGAGACUGCUGGCAACGUUUGGAUUCCUCCUGAGCACGCCCUUACCCUGGCUGAGGAGUAUCGCAUCCUGCCCUGGAUUCGCGCUCUACUCGACCCCGUCAACAUCUCUGUCUCCAAUACUCCUGAUAGCCCGCCCAAGAAGAUCACCGCACCCCCCAAGUUCGAGUUCGUGAAGCCGACUCCCAGCCUGGCUCCUCCUGCCACUCCCACAACCCUCCGCAGAUCCCGCCGCUCGGCCAGCCCAACCAAGACGGUUAUCCCUAGACCUACCAGAUCGCCUCGGAAGCGCAGGGCGAAGGCCGACUCGGUCGAGCCCCGCGAGACAACGCCCGCCCUCUCUACCACUAAGCUCGAAAUCAACGGUGUCAUCAGCGAGGACAAGAACGCAGAGGCCGAGGUUGAAACUAUUAUCAAGACUGUUGAGGCAGAGCCUGCAGUUGUACUCGACCCGAGAGAGGAGGAGCCCAAGGCUAAGGUCUUCGUUGACCAGGACGUCAAGACAGAUGAGGAUGGGAACGAGAAGAAGACCACCUCCGUCUCACUCGAGCUUCCUCUGAUGAGCUCUCAGCCCCCUAGCGCUGAGGAGACGGCUCGUAUGAUUGCCGAGGCUAGACAGAUGGUCGAGGCCGCGAAACAAGAAGGCGGCAACAAGAAGGGCAAGCGUGGAGCCGAGCAAAUUUCAACAGGGGACGACGAGGAUGAGAAGAAGGAUGGUGUGGCUGCCGCUGCGGAAGAGCCUCGCUCAAAGAAGGCCAAAACACAAGAGGCCGCCCAGGUCCAAAUCAAGAAGCAGGGCAUGCGCAAGCGCGCUCUGUUUGGCAUGACCGCGCUAUCAGUGGCCGUUGGGUACGUUCUUAUGGUGCUUCACUAG